AUGGGUAACUGCUGGUUUCGGGGGAGUUCCUACAUUAACAGGGUCUCCACUGCAAAGUCAGAGACUCCCAAGAUCCAGAGCCCGUCGGAGAGGGACCGGAGCGAUGAGAGUAGGCUGCCGUCGAACGCGAGGGAGGUGGAGGCCAUGCGGCUCGACUCGGCCGCGCGGAACCCGCUGACCGCCUUCUCUUUCGAGGAGCUCCGGAAGGUGACUAACGGGUUCCGGCAGGACUCGCUAAUCGGCGGCGGCGGCUUCGGCAGGGUGUACAAGGGUGCCGUGGGUACGGACGGCGGCGGAGACGAGCCCCUGCAGGUCGCCGUCAAGGUGCACGACGGGGAUAACAGCUUCCAGGGCCACAGGGAAUGGCUGGCGGAGGUGAUCUUCUUGGGCCACCUAUCACACCCGAAUCUGGUGAAGCUAGCGGGCUACUGUUGUGAGGGCGAGCACCGGGUGCUGGUCUACGAGUACAUGCCGCUCGGCAGCGUGGAGUCACACCUGUUCUCACGGGUGAUGGCGCCCCUGGCGUGGGCGACGAGGAUGAAGAUCGCGCUCGGUGCGGCGAGGGGCCUGGCGUUCCUUCAUGAGGCCGAGAAGCCCGUCAUCUACCGCGAUUUCAAGACCUCCAACAUCCUCCUCGACCAUGACUUCAACGCCAAGCUCUCCGACUUCGGCCUCGCCAAGGACGGCCCCGUCGGCGACAUGUCCCACGUCUCCACCCGCAUCAUGGGCACCUACGGCUAUGCCGCCCCAGAGUACAUCAUGACAGGGCACCUGACGGUGAUGAGCGACGUGUACAGCUAUGGGGUGGUGCUGCUGGAGUUGGUGACAGGGCGCAAGUCGCUGGACAAGUCGCGUCCGGUGCGGGAGCAGACGCUGGCGGACUGGGCGCUGCCGAUGCUGACGCACAAGAAGAAGGUGUUGGGGAUCCUAGACCCAAGGCUCGACUCUGACGACUACCCCGUCAGGUUCGUGCAGAAGGCGGCCAUGCUCGCGUACCACUGCCUCAGUAGCAACCCCAAGGCGCGGCCGCUCAUGCGCGACAUCGUCGCCUCCCUCGAGCCGCUGCAGCAACCGGAGCUCAUGCCCGCCAACGUGUGA